AUGGCCAAUACCCCUCACGGCGGAGAAUUAAAGGAUCUACACGCGAGAGAUUCCUAUAAGCAGGAGACCCUACUUGCCGAGUCCGAGACAUUGCCAUCGAUAGUAUUAACAGACAGGCAACUAUGUGAUCUGGAAUUGAUCAUGAAUGGAGGAUUUUCUCCAUUGGAAGGAUUUUUGACAGAGAAAGACUACAAAAGUGUGGUCUCCAAUCUCCGUCUAUCUUCCGGAAUCCUUUUCUCGAUGCCAAUAACGCUCGAUGUCUCUGAAGAAGACAUCUCCAAUCUUGGUCUAUCACCAGGCAGUCGCGUCACACUUCGAGAUCCGCGUAACGAUUCACCUUUGGCCAUCCUAACUAUUGAUGAUAUUUAUGAACCUGAUAAACAGUUCGAAGCAAUUAAUGUCUUUGGAUCGAACGAUAAGGCACAUCCGGGGAUAAAGUACUUGUUCGAGAAUGUCAAACGAUUCUACUUGGGCGGUAAUGUUGAGGCGAUUCAGGAACCGAUACAUUAUGAUUAUGUAUCACACAGAUUCUCGCCCAGAGAACUUCGGGCCUACUUUAAAAAACUAAAUUGGACGCGAGUAGUCGCCUUCCAGACGCGAAAUCCGAUGCACAGAGCCCAUCGAGAGCUUACCGUUCGUGCUGCACGUCAACGACAAGCAAAUGUGCUCAUACAUCCCGUAGUGGGAUUAACAAAACCUGGUGAUAUUGAUCAUUAUACUCGUGUUAGAGUAUAUCAAGCGCUUAUGCCAAAAUAUCCCAAUGGAAUGGCAGCAUUGAGUCUAUUACCUUUAGCUAUGAGAAUGGGAGGACCAAGAGAAGCGGUAUGGCACGCUAUUAUUAGAAAGAAUUUCGGAGCGACUCAUUUUAUUAUUGGACGUGAUCACGCCGGCCCCGGAAAGAAUUCCAAAGGAGAGGACUUUUAUGGACCCUAUGACGCCCAGCAUCUAGUAAAACAAUACAAGGACGAAUUACAUAUCGAGGUAGUACCAUUCCAAAUGGUAACCUAUAUCCCUGAUUCUGACGAAUACCUCCCAAUUGACGAAAUUCCAUCAGGGACGACAACACUUAACAUUUCCGGGACAGAGCUCCGUCGUCGUCUUCGCACAGGAGGACACAUACCCGAGUGGUUUUCGUAUCCUGAAGUGGUGAAAGUCCUACGCGAGACUCAUCCCCCUAGGUCGAAACAGGGAUUUACAUUGUUCCUAACAGGAUUCUACAACAGUGGAAAAAAUGCAAUCGCUAAAGCACUACAAGUGAAACUAAACGAACAAGGAGGAAGAAGUGUCAGUUUGUUGCUUGGGGAGACGGUGAGACAUGAGCUAUCGUCCGAGUUGAGCUUUUCACGGAAAGAUAGAGAUCAAAACAUUGCUCGUAUUGGAUUUGUAUCAGCAGAGUUGACUAAAGCUGGAGCUGCCGUUAUUGCUGCACCCAUCGCCCCGUUCGCUGAAGCUCGAGCUCAUGCUAGAGCACAAGUUGAGCAAUAUGGCAGCUUUUAUCUUAUCCAUGUUGCGACUCCGUUAGAAUAUUGUAUUAAAACGGAUCGCAAGGGCAUAUAUAAAAAAGCUCAGUUAGGCGAAAUUAAGGGCUUUACUGGCGUUGAUGAUCCGUACGAAAAGCCGACAGACGCGAAUCUUGUUUGUGAUAUCAGUAGACAAAGUGUUAGUGAGAUUUGCCAUCAGAUUGUAUUAAUGUUAGAGAAGGACGGAUGUAUUGGUGAACGAUAA